AACCAAUCAUCUGUCAUGGACGUCACUUCCAACACAGCAAGCAGCUACCUCCCCCUCCUUCUGAAGUUAGCAACUGUAGCUAACCCGAAGCAGAAAGUGGUGGUGGAAGAGGAAGUGGAGAUGGCUGAAUUGUCACUUUAUCUUACAAACGCUAACAUAUCCGUGGGGCAAACGAUGGACAAAGACAAAACUCAAAGUACUGUUGAGAAGGAUUUCGAGAAUGUGGAGAUAGGUGAGUUGGGCCUGAAACCACAGAAGCUUCCCCGCAGAACCAUAUACUUUGCCAGUGGGGAAACGAUGGAGGAGUACAGCACGGAUGAAGAAGAGGAAGAACCUGAACAAAAGGCUGUGGUAACUUCAGUCGACCCCUCAUCACUGACAUGGGGUCCAUAUGUCUGGUUUCAAAUGUGGAGAAUGGCUACCUCAACAGUGUCAGUGUGCGACUACCUUGGGGAGAGGCUGGCUUCGCUUCUGGGCAUCACAUCACCAAAGUACCAGUACGCCAUCGAUGAGUAUUAUCGCAUGAAAAAGGAGGAGGAUGAGGAGGAGGAAGAGAAUCGUCUGUCCGAGGAGGCAGAGAGACACUUCAACGAGCAGAUGGGCCAAAAUGGCCAGCAGCCCAGGGUGGAGCAGCCAGAGACCAAUCCAUCGUUUGUCAACGUCACCUUUGAGCUGGAGCCAGAGCCCAAACCAGCACCUGAGGCCGUGCACGUCCCCGCUCCACUCCCAUCCUAAGGUCCUGUAUUAAAAAGCUGCCAGUGUUUUUAGACA